AUGUACAACUCCUCGCGUUAUGCUUUCUGUGGCGGCAGAAGGCAAUGCUACCGGUGCUCGGUGCCUUGGUCAGCGAAAGGCGAACGCCACACAGUGAACGCGCUGAUCACAUUUUCCUCUCUGCUCUACCACUUGCCCCUUCAACGCCCUGAAAUGGCGCCUUCUCUACUUCACGUAAUCUUCGACGCGCCAUUCCAUAAUACGUCGUUCAUCAUCAGCAACGCAGACUUCUGCCUAGUGGCAAACACGCACCUCCCUCGAGCUCUUGGUGAGACCGAGCAUUGCGACCUCCAUAUCGUGUCGAAGAUCGGCAUACCCAAAACGGACGUUCGCGUCUUUCGCGCCCAGCUCGCGCCGCUCAUAGAUAGCCGCUCCAAGCGGGACGUCAUUGUGAAGAUGGCGCUGACUCGCGACGCGUAUGCGCUCAUGCUUCAAGAAGGGCUGUUCUAUGCGCGGUAUCUGGCGCCUGAGCAAGGUCAGACGGUGCCUUUGAGCUAUGGCGUCUACGAGGCUCAGCAGCCAACGAAGGGAGCUCUAGGCUUCUUGAUGCUCGAAGAAUGUGGUCAUCCAAUACCAUCGCUCGGCGAGACCAUCGGACAGGACCUCCGUCAACAGAUCGGCGACGUAGUGAAACAGCUUCAUCGGCUCGGCAUCGUACAUGGCCACAUUCGUCGCGGGCACGUUCUCUGGAAGGAUGGAAUCCCCGUUCUUAUCGACUUCAGCAAGGCUCACGUUCAUGACGGCCUGGUGUGCCGAGGCCAGACAUUGCAGUGGGGUCAAAUCCCGCUGCUCGCCGACGAUGAUACUUGCGAAGAGUUGUACGAAUUGUACAACUACAUGUGCGCAUUUGCUCCAGCGUACUUUAAGUGCUACAAGUCGACCUUCGACGUAUCGUAUCUCCAGAAACCCUUGGCUUUGGCGGAUGCAGCUCCUUCGCACAGAUACGGUAAUGAUCACGGGAAGAGGCUGAGAGAGGCCUAUCAGGCGAUCUACGGCUACUAUCGGACGUGGCAACCUCAGUACGCCGUCCAAUUGCAAGACUUCAUGCAGAACAAGAUGGAAGACGCCUGCAAGGCUUACCAGACGAACAAAGAGAUAGAUGCUGAAGAGGGUGGGGAUGACGACGAGUCUGAUGGGGAGGGGACAAUACCAGAGGAUUAUGAGGCUGUGUCUUGA